UAACGUAACAUAUUUUCAGACUGAACUAACAUUAUAUUCAAUAUGUCUGACGACGCAGCUGCACCAAUCUACUCUCCCUUCUUCGGGGUUAUGGGAGCAACAUCAGCAAUGGUAUUCGGAGCUAUGGGAGCUGCCUACGGAACCGCCAAAUCUGGAACUGGUAUCGCCGCAAUGGCAGUUAUGAGACCUGAGGCGAUUAUGAAGUCUAUCAUCCCUGUUAUCAUGGCGGGUAUCAUCGCCAUCUACGGUGUUGUAGUGGCGGUUCUAAUCGCCGGACAGUUGGAACCUGCUCCAGCCUACACACUCUACAGAGGAUUCGUUCAUCUGGGAGCUGGUCUAUCUGUUGGUUUGUCUGGUCUAGCUGCUGGGUAUGCUGUUGGUAUAGUUGGAGAUGCUGGGGUCCGUGGUACGGCUCAGCAACCCAGGCUCUACGUCGGAAUGAUCCUCAUCCUUAUCUUCGCCGAGGUGUUGGGUCUCUAUGGGCUCAUCGUCGCCAUCUACCUGUACGCCAAGAAAUAGAUGACGCGAGGACCCUGUUUUAUUUAUUUAUGAACAUUCUUCCUUUGAGAUGAAGUGAUUUCUAAGGGGAAUUUUAUAUAGCCAGUGAUUUUUAAAGGGGUGGUUUUAGUGGAGACUAAGGUUUUUAUUUUUAAUAAAUGACUAAUUAUCUGCACAACUAGUCAUAGAACGGCGGGGAUAGAUAUUCUUCCUAGUUAUCUUUCAUAUAACUCCUUUUCUCCUUUACCGAAUAUAUAUCCCCUGUAAUAUUUGCAUUUCUCAUUCAGAGUUGGUUUAAAUAAGAUCUGUUCAAAAAGCAAAAUUUUAUGGUUGAAUAAGACUUUAUUAUGAGUAUCUUGUUAAUGUAUAUGUUGUAUGAAUGGAAUAUAUUCGGAGAAAUGAUUUCCUGUUUUGCGGGAAAAGUAUCAAUUGGCGCAUUUUCUCCUCCAUUAUUUGUAAAUUGAUUUAUUGUGAUGGGACCUUUCCUAAAACUGCUGCUUAAUUAAAUGAAUCUUUAAAGAUUCCCGGAACAGGUCAAAUCCUUUAUCAAUGAUUUUAUUUAAUUAACCUUAAUAUAUUGUGAUAUUUUCCAUUGAUGUACAUUAGGCAUUAUUAGUUAACACAUUCCCAGCCUGUGUAAACUCGGUUCGUUUCAUAGAUGUUAAUAAGGUUACUUUAGACUAUAAAUAAAUAUUUCUAAACUCA